AUCGCGGCUCCGUGCCCGGGCGGAGCGUGCGGCGGGCGGACCGGCCCGGCCGCGCUCUUCCGGCGCCGCGGCUCCAUGGACGCCAACCUGCGGCUGUGGAGGGCCGAGGGACAGUCUUUCUUCCAGAGGUUUCUCCUCUGGGCGGAUGUCUUGGAUCCCCUGCUGCUCCUGAAGUCCUCGGAUGAAAUAAAAAGAGCCAGGUUAUUAAUACAGAUGAAGGAGAAGACCCUAAGUGAGCCCAUAGACAAUAAUCAGACAAGACAAGCCUUCUUGCUAAGCCUGUCCAGUGUACAUCCUGAUACCAACGACAUAAUUCCUGUUUUGUUUAGACCUCCAGCUUUCGUGCCCGUAACUCUUCCGUGGGUCAUCUUUUCAGCUCUUCAGCACGAGGCAAAGUCAACUUUCUUUUUCCAGUUUGUGUUUCACACAUAUACCACAGCAUUCACCCUGUUGAAUGGCAAUGGAACCCCAAAGGCUGAAGAGUACUCACUUCAGCAAAAGCAGAUAUUCUCUGGCUUGGGAGCCAUCUCCUAUGCAGCCUGUGUUGGGGCUUUCCCUCUUGUUUUCAUGAAUCGUUACACGUUGAAGAGUCCAUUGACACAACUGAUCAUCAGAAAACUUCUACCUGCUCCUCUGCUUGGUCUGACGAGUGCAUUUACUGCAGCAGUGGUGAGAAGCCCAGAAUUUGAGAAUGGAAUAGAAGUGAUGGACAGGAAUGGCAAGGUUGUAGGAGUGUCACGGAAUGCUGGUGAGAAGGCUGUUAGGGAAACAGCCCUGUCCAGAGCAGUCUUGUUUGGGACAACAUUCUUCCUGCCAGAAGUGCUUGUGCACUUUGUGCAAAGAGCAAAACUGGUGAAAAAUCCUCAUGCUUUGGCUGCAGUGAGAAUGGUUCUGAUUACAUCAGUCCUAGCAGGGAUGGUGCCAGUCUCACUCAGUAUGUUCCCACAGUGUGGGGAGAUAAAGAGAGCAGACCUUGAGCCAGAGAUUCUGUCAUCUACAGAAGAAACAGAGCUGUUCUACAACAGGGGGAUUUAGAGAUGGGCUUUCCUUUAUAAACAUGUGCUCUGAUUGAAGGGAAUGAUGGAUGCACCAACAAACCCACUGGCAUUUGGGACUGAAUGGUGGAUCUGUGGUGGCCUAUGUACCAGAUUUGGUGUAUGAUGGUGUGGCCUGUAAAGAGGCAGAACUUGGCACCAGGGCUCUGCAAGCCCCAUCCUGGGGGCAGAAACACACCCAUCACUUGAUGCUGGAAGUGGCAUUUGUACCAGAAAGCACCAUAACACAGUGUUUGUCACAGCCUGUGUUCUGUGCUUCCUCAGGUGAUUGAUUCCUUCAUUAAAAGACUGUUGAGUACACAA